GUGUGUCUUACUCUGCAGGGUUGCGUCUGGAUGGGAGGACCCCAGCGGCUGCCACCUUCCAGGUGGGCGGGGCUCUUACGUAGUCCCAGAGAGCAGUUCUCAGCCAGCCGCCGCCGCCCCCUACUCGCACCUCACCUGCAGCCCCACUCUCAGCCUGCUCACACGGGUUUGACUCAUCUUCCAUGGAGGGGUGGGGGCAGAAACCGAGAACGGGAGGAGGGAGUGGAGGCGGCCAAGCCGGCCCUUCCCCCAGUGCCAAGGAGGAGGAGCCCAAAGGGUUCAGGUGAAACCGCGCACGCACGACCCAGCCCGGGCACCUUCCCCGGUCAGGACCGGCAGAUAGGCGGACGGGCUAAGCCAAGGCCACCCCUAGAGGGUGCCGGAGCGAGUUCCUAUUCGCCCCCCAGCCUCGAGACUCAAUACCUCCAACUGAUGGAGGGCAGCUGGCCUGGCCCUAGGAGCAGGUGACAAGCACCGGCGCCUGCCGAGGCGGGAGCCUGGUGAGCAGGAGGAGGAAGAUGGCCCGGGAGCUGAGCCAAGAGGAGCUGCUGGACUUCCUGUGCCAGGCCGGGGGCCGGGUGACUAACGCCGCCUUGCUGGGCCACUUCAAGAGCUUCCUGCGGGACCCCAGCGUGGCUCCCGGCCAGCUACAGCAGCGCCGGGAGCUCUUCAAGAGCUUGGUCAACUCGGUGGCCGCGGUGCGCCAGGACCCCGACGGCACCAAGUACGUGGUGCUCAAAAAGAGGUACCGGGAUCUUGUAGGGGAGGAGGGGCUGCGCGGGCCUCGCUGCGACCCCCAGCCCGCUGCUCCGCAGCAGCAGACGCGCUCCCCCGGAGCCCCGGCCGCCUCCCCCGGUAGCCGGCGGCGGGCGCCACGGCUGCGGCAGCAGUCCCAGCCCGCACGGCAACAGCCCCAGCUCGCACAGCAACAGCCCCAGCUCGCACAGCAACAGCCCCAGCCCCAACAGCAACAGCAACAGCCUCAGCCCCAGCCUCAGAAGUACCAAUCCCACCCCUAUGCUCAGCAGUAUCAGCGCCGGCCCCAAACUCAACCCCAGUCCGAGCAGCAACAGCCCCAGAGGUACCAGCCCCAAUCCUUGCCUCAGCAGUACCCAUCCCAGUUCCAACCCCAGCAGCAACAGCCCCAGCCUCAGCAGCAACUGCGCCGACCUCAGCCUCAGCCCCGGAAACAGGCCCAAGCUCAAUCUCAACAGUCCCAAACCCAACCUCAGCAGCCCCAACCCCAGCCUGAGUCUCACCAGUGGCAGCUCCAGGAGCAGGAGUCCCAGCCCCAACCCCAGCGGGCGAGGCGACAGCCUGGAGAGAAGGAAUCAGAGACUGAACCGGCAGGUACAGGACCCGCAGUUCCGGAAAUAGAGUGCAAUGGACUCUCAACCAGGUCUGGGGAUGCUCCAGAGUCCACUGACACCCGGGGAGAGGAAAGUGGGAGGCUGGGGGAGGCAGUUGCUGAAGGCCUUUCACCACAGGUUAGAGUGCGCACUGCUGAUGCAGGGGCUCAAGGUGGCUGCUGCUGGGAGUGUGUCCAGGAUAACCCUUGGGCUGGCUCAACAGAGCCACUCCUUUCUCAUGGGAGACCUCUCUUGGAAGAGCUGCAGGCCCCGGAUCCCAGCUCAGGGGGACCAUUGGAAAGCACACUGCACUCUAGCUGGGGCUCAUCUAACAAGCCUUCGCCAUUGGCCACAGAAACUUUCAGGGCAUCGGGAACUAGCCCUUCCUCAGCUUCCCUUGCUUUACCUGGGGACGGGUCAGAACUGUUGACCCUAAGUGGACCACAUUCCUAUGCUGCCCAGCAGCAGCAACGCACCCGGGAGUGGGUGGCCAACCACUCCCUAUCCUCCCUGGGCACUGUUGCAGGAAGGACUCAGGAAGGUCCCAGCCGGUUUUGGUGUGUGCUGCCUGAGAACUUCCCUGAGCUGCCUCCUGACUUUGACCCCCUAGUCUCAGAGAGAUUGCUGCUUCCUUUCCCUGCUUCCCCUCCACUCUCACCUGCUGGGCCUUCCGUUUUUCGAAGUAUCCGUUGUCAAUUAGACCUCCAAGAUCUGGAGAACUUUGUGGAAGAGGACAGCCAUGACAGUGAGGAGAGUACCAGUGGCCCAAGGGAGUCUCCAGGGGAGUUGGAGGAAGCCCCAAAGAUUCCCCUAGAAAACGGAGGCCAGGAAAAACUCAGGAACCCAGUUGGGCCUUUUAUCAAAUCUCAGCAGGAAAAUAUUCCUCUCAAUAAAUUGCAGGGACCCAUAUUUAGAAGUGGUUAUUCCCUUCAGCAUAUCCCAGCAAGAGUUAAUGGGCCUGUUGUUACGCCAACCAAAACAUCCAGAGAGUCCUCUAGCCUGCCGCAAGACCCCAUGCCUUGGCCAACUGUCAGGUUAAAGAGAUCUCUGAGGAGAAGUUCCAGGGUGGGGAGGGACAAAAUGUCCUCCUCUGAUGAGGAGUUGCUGGAUGAAGACUUAGUAAAACGGAACCGUCGUCCGCCCAGAUCCAGAAGGUCGUCUAGGGCAGGAGCACUACCUUGUCCAAAAGUAGAUGCCCCUUUGAUCCUGAAGCCAAUAGUUCACAAGACUGUAUCAGAGCAAAGAUUGGCAGAUAGAGUGUGGGUUCCCUCUGGAAAUGUAUCUUCUGUCUUAAUUUCACUUAGACCUUCUGUACACAAAUCGUCUUUAGUGCCCCUGGAUUCCCGGGAGCAUGAAUGGAUUGUGAGACUAGCAAGUGGCUCAUGGGUACAGGCACUAUCUCUGUUUUGGGAAGACCCCCAGCUGGCUCUUCGGAAAGACUUUUUGACUGGGUAUACUGUGUUGCACUGGAUUGCCAAACAUGGUGCCCUCCAGGCCCUUCAGGAUUUGGUCAAAGGAGCCCAAAAGGCAGGGAUUGUCCUUGACAUGAAUGUGAGGUCUAGCUGUGGGUAUACACCGCUGCACCUUGCUGCCAUCCAUGGACACCAGGGUAUCAUCAAACUUCUGGUGCAGAAGCUGGAGUCUCGAGUGAAUGUACGGGACAGCAGUGGAAAGAAGCCUUGGCAGUAUUUGACUAGCAAUACCACAGGGGAGAUAUGGCAGCUUCUUGGUGCCCCUAGAGGAAAGCCCAUUUUCCCAGUUUAUUCCUUAGUUGGAAGUGCUUCUCCCACCAGGAAGGCCAAGAACCAUGAUGUCUCAAGGCACAUAAGUAGAAAAACCUCACUUGCUGCAUUACUCAAAAGUCAGCACAGCAGGUGGAAAAUGGCUCACCAGUACGACAAAUUCCGAACAUUAGGGGAGAGGGAUGAGUAUAGUGAUUGAGGUAUCCCUCACUCAGAUGUGCAGAGCAUUUUAAUCUGGAGUUAUCCUGUGAACCAACUGCACACUUUGCCAAGAUCAGAGUCACCUGGCUUAAAGGACUCAAGAUGAAUUGCUGGGGAACUGGGUAGGUCAGUGAGAGAAUUAGCUUAUGUAAAGGGCACAUCUUCCUUAACUUGUGUUAGUAGCUCUGCCAGAAGUUUCUAGUUUUGAAGGCUCUGCUUUCUUAAGCAUGAAUGGCAGAUACAGAACCAAGAUAGGCAUAUGGAAAAACUCAGCACAGACCAUCCUUUGUUAGCAAGGAUCGAAAUAUUGGGAUCUUGAGCAGAUGCCCCAAGAAGAGAGCCAAUUAUCCAGAAGGUACUCAGGGCUCCAAGACUUGCACUGUGGCUCAGCAUAUUUUUUCUUCAGUGACACACCUUCUCUCCCUUAUUCUUUAUUAUAAAUCUUUCCCAAAAGUACAGAGAAGGCACAGAAAACACUAUAUUUCAAGAAUCAGUGUUGGUCUUUAUUUUGUGUAGUUUGAUAGAGAUUCAGUCUAUGUAUAGAAAAGAGGAAUUAGGUUCAAAAUCCUUUCCCCUUCAAGUAUUUUGUUCUUUCUGCAGUUCCAGAUGAUGGGUAUAGGAAGACAUUGAUGACAAUCUGGAGAAUCAUUUCUCUAAAAUGUUUUUGUAUCAUCUUGACAAUCUGGUGAAGUCUAUGGACCUCUUCUUGGAAUAAUACUUUUAAAUAAUUGAAGGAAAUGUUGAAUUUUAGACACCAUUAAAAAUAAAGAUAUAUAUAUUUUUCUCAUCCAAGUUCAUAGACUCUAAAAUAUAUCCCCAAGGACUGCCUUGAGGGUUCAUAGACACCUCUCAGAUUAAGUGGGAAGAAUGGUUGAUUAAGUAUUUGGAAGAGAUCCAAUUAUCUACCCCCAAAGUGCCCUCCCUUCCCUCCUCCCCCCCCAUUCCAAUACAUCAAUUUGAAUGGCCAACCUCAAAGUUCCUCAUUACAAUGGGAACUGAUAACUAAACUGAGAGUUAAAGGGAGAAUCUUGCCUUAUCCACAUGGGAAAAUGAAAUGCAAUUUCUGGAGCUGCUAGCAAAAAUUCAAUUUGCACUAAAUGUGUGUCCAGUGAAGACUGUUUUGAUGGAAACACAUCAUAUCAGAUCUAUUCUAGGAAAGAAUAGUUAGCCCAUGUACUUAAUAAUGGAAAAAAAUUCAGAACCAUAAAUGUAAAGAAUGAAGAGAAACACAAUAUAAUUCUAUGCAAAAACUGUCAAUUCUAAAUGAAUGACAUUGGGGGUAAUGUUAAUUUUAUUCAGCAGUCUUUUAAUGGACAGUGGCAAUAAAACAGUAUUUUAAGUUA